AUGAUAAAAUUUGCUUUUUAGGCCACCGGAUCAGUUGAGCUUGUUGCCUGUAUUGAAUCCAACAAGAAGCUGCAACAAAGUCAAAGAAAUGGGUUAAGGACUAAGGUUCUUCCCCUCAUGGCAUACUUGGAAAUAACUCGAUCCAGUAGGUCUACCCCACCCACACAUUGAUUGUAUUGUUUUAUGGCGUGAGGUCUAGGUAUUUCAAUAUAUCUCUUGUCUUUUUUUGACCAACGACGACAGUUUUCGAUGGGUUGUACCCCAUGAGCAGUAGAUAAAAAGUGAAUAGGUUUAUUAUCAAACCACUUGACAAGGGAUAUCACUCCAUCAUUUCUUACCGUUUGGUUAUAAGAACCUCUCUGUUUUCUGAGCUCUAAAUCUUUUUUCAGUCUUACAUUUUUAGAAAUACGACUAGCCAUAAUGGUUCCGGACGCUAAAAUGCUACGAUGUUUCAACAGUGCAUCAAACAAAGCUGUUGAGGUGAAAUAGCGAUCCAUAUAGAUAUGCGUUUUCUCUGGUAGGGUAUCAGCUAAAUUCAACACAACUUUACCGCCAACAUCCAGCUUUUCAGGCAUAGGGACUUUGUUUGACUUUAUGUUUCUACAUUAUCCUUCGUAUAGUAAAAAGUCUAAAGGCAAGCCGUUUAUUGACGUCAUAACGAAAUUUUUUAUGCCUACAGUAUUAGGCUUGCCUUUGACGUAUUGUCUCAUAGCAACAUGACCUUCAAAGGGAAUAUUUUGCUCAUCGAUACUGACACUGGCCGGUCUUUCAUACUGCAAACAUUUGCUGCGAAUUUUAUCACAGAGAGUCCUAACUUUCCAGAAACGAUCUUUUUCCUUUACCUCUGUUGUAACAGUAUUUUCAUCUACCAUUCUAAGAUUGUUCCGAAGAUGGUAAAAUCUGUCUCUUGCAAUGUUAUCGGCCACAAGUGGAUAUCUUGUACGGGACUCCCAAGCCAUUCUAAGUCGUGGAAAACCUAACAAGGACAGAAUAAUACUGGCUCCAAAAAAUUUCUUCACUUCUUUGGUAGAAGUCUGCAGAUCUUUUCCAUUGCGAGACAUGUAAGUAGUGUUAGAACUCAACGCGAGCUCUUCAAAGAAGGAGUCAUCAAAAUAUUGACUAAAAUAUUAAAACGUGUUUCCAACAGUGGGUAAUACGUCUUCAAGGUCUGCGUAGAUUUAUUGAAUAAGAGGUGGGUCGAAAUCAUCCUUGUGGCGCCAUUUUGGAUAUCUUUCACGCAAUUGGGAGAAUGGAAUGUUACUCUCUUCAUCAUCAUCAUCAUCAGAUGACUGCUCCUCAUCUGACAGUCAAGGAGUCCUGGAGGGGCCUGCUAUGAGUUCUUCAUCGUCGUUGUCGUUUUCGAUGUCCAAAUCAGAGUUUUCAGAAUCAAAAUUGACCAAAUAGUUCUCAAUUUCUCUUUCUGAUAACGCUGGAAUCCAAAACAAAUAAAAGAAUAAUAAAACAUUAUUUGUAUCAAAACGACGUCGUUGAAUCCAAAGGUAUCAUAUUGGAUACACAACUAAAAUGACCCCACAGACAAGUAUUUCUUAGCCACAAACUUAUUUCUGACGUCAUAAGGUAGAUAGCUUAGUAAUUAUGUAAAUACAAUCAAAAUACUGCCGAUUUCCACUAAAACAAAAUAAAACUUACCAUCACGAUGUCCCGACAUUGUAACGGUUCACGACCAAUGACUUUGACAAGCUGCUGUUAAAAAGUUUACGUCUCAGUGUUGCCAAUUGAUUUUUCUUAGAACUGCUAAAUCAUAUCAUAUGUGAUAGCUUCGGUUGUUACACGAUCGCAUGAUAUAGAGCGCAGAAAAAAAUUAUAACCGUAGGUAUCAAAUAUGAUACCUAGGGACUGAAGAGGAUAGUAUCAUGGCUUUCAACUUGUAGAGGCGGUGUAGGAAUAUUCACAUUCUCAUAACGUCACAUGAGUGUCUUAAGAGGUAACUGAGAACUGAGAUAGAAUUUCUCGAUACCAGUAAAAACGGUUUCUGGUUCUCUUCACUCAGCAUACGAAACACAGCAGCAUUCUGUGAGAGGGUACUUCUCCUGUUGUGCCGACCCAUUUCUGCUGCAACCGUUUUAGUUAAUACGUUAGCGCAAUAUUACUAAAACAUUACUAGCACCCAAAUGUAUUAUCUUCACUUAUCUGUAAUAAUAAAUUUGUUUUAGAUUUUAAUCAAGAAAGCUUAACAGAGGAGUACAGUAGCUGCAGUCCUUUGGACUGUGACCAGUCAUGUCGUCGCAUUGGUUUCCCUGGUGGGGCAUGUGUGAAUGGCAAAUGCAAAUGUGAUAUCAUGUUAAGUCUCACAGACUUGAAUCUUCUUAGCAACAAUCUCAGAAUCGGCAGUUGUAUCACACAGUCGUGCGAGCACUCGUGUCAAAUACUUGGUUUUGUUGGAGGCAGGUGUAGUGGUGACAUUUGUCAAUGCAUAUACAGAAUACACUUAAAAGAUUUUAAUCAAGAAAGCCUAACACAGGAGUACAGUAGCUGCAGUCCUUUGGACUGUGACCAGUCAUGUCGCCGCAUUGGUUUCCCUGGUGGGGCUUGUGUGAAUAGCAAAUGCAAAUGUGACAUCUUGUUAAGUCUUAAAGAUUUUAAUCAAGAAAGCUUAACACAGGAGUACAGUAGUUGCAGUCCUUUGGACUGUGACCAGUCAUGUCGCCGCAUUGGUUUCCUUGGUGGGGCUUGUGUUAACGGCAAAUGCAAAUGUGAUAUAAUGUUAAGUCUUAGAGAAUCGGGUAUGGAUGGCGCAAUUAAUUCUUUUAAAACAUGCAACGCAAACGAAUGUGAUCAAAAAUGUCAACGUUUUGGUUAUCCCGGCGGUGCCUGCCUUAAUAAUGAAUGCAAUUGUUACAUGUUGAAAAAGGAAUCAAAUACUGUAACGCAAUGGACUCAAAAUUUUCUAAGAAGUUGCAACCCUCUUGGAUGUGAGCAACAAUGUCGCCGUAGUGGUUUUCCGGGUGGCGCCUGCGUUAAAGGAAAAUGCAAAUGUGACAUCUUGCAAAAGUUCAGAGAUGAACUUGGUGACUUCCUGACGAUUAAUACCUGUAACAAUUCAAUUUGUAAUCGCAUGUGUCAGGAAAUGAACAACCACAGCGGCAUGUGCUUGGGUGGCGACUGCAAAUGUUUCUAAUUAUAUGUUAUUUUGAGUUACAUAAAGCUUUUAGUUUUAAGCCAGUUUCCCUGAACGAAACAUGCAAAAUAUACCAAAUCAACUAGUUCAGUUUUUACUGAAGAAUUUAAUAAUAAUUAAUCUACAUAAAUACGUUUUUCGUUAUGCUUAGGCUUUUGAAUUUCUUACUUUUGUUGUUACACAAAUGCAAGAUUUUGAUUAUAAAUGUCAUGUCAUGUUGUUUUUAUAAAAAUAUUACUCUAUUAAAUUAAACUAUUUUUUAAUUGCU